AUGGUGUUCUGGACACAGUUGGGUUUGCUGCUAUGGAAAAAUUUCACCUAUAGGAGAAGGCAAACGUUCCAGCUGCUGAUUGAAAUCAUUUGGCCUUUGUUUAUCUUCUUUAUAUUGAUCUCUGUACGGCUAUCGUUUCCACCCUAUGAACAACAUGAAUGUCAUUUCCCAAACAAGGCCAUGCCUUCAGCUGGAACGUUGCCGUGGGUCCAAGGGAUUAUCUGCAAUGCCAACAAUCCCUGCUUCCGCUACCCAACUCCUGGAGAGUCACCGGGCAUUGUUGGAAAUUUUAAUAAAUCUAUCGUUUCCCGCCUAUUCUCUGAUGCCAAACGAUUGCUACUGUAUAGCCAGAAAGAUACCAGCAUUAAGGAUGCACAGAAAGUCGCAGGGAAACUGCAGAAAGUUGGGAAGACUAUUUCAGGUGUGAAAGUCCGGGAUUUCCUGGUUGACAAUGAGACCUUCUCUGACUUUCUCCAUCACAAUGCUUCCCUACCAAAGUUUGUUGUAGAUGAAAUCCUGAAUGCCGAGGUCAACCUCCAACAGGUCAUUACAUCUGGCUACCGGAUAAGUGUGAAAGACCUUUGCAAUUCAACCAAGCUGUCAAAGUUUGUCAACAUCCAAAACCCAGUGGUAGAUGUUCUCAGCAAUGCCUUGAUCUGCUCCAUUCCUAAGGAAAAGCUUUCUGCUGCAGAGAGAGUGUUUCAGGACAAUCUAGAUGUCAUGAAGCCAUUUAUGAAAGGAAUCGCCUCCAACUCCACUCUUCAGGAUCUCAAGGAAACCACGGAGACUUUCAUGGAGAGCCUCGGGAAGCUCCUUAAGGAGCUCGGGAGCAUGAAAAGCUGGAGUGACAUGAGGCAGGAGGUGGUGUUCCUGACCAGUGUGAACAGCACAAGUUCUUCCACCGAAAUUUACCAGGCGGUAUCCCGGAUAGUUUGUGGACAUCCUGAGGGAGGGGGAUUGCAGAUCAAGUCUCUCAACUGGUAUGAAGACAACAACUACAAAGCUCUGUUUGGAGGCAACAGCACUGAUGAAGAUGCUGCCAAUUUCUAUGACAACUACACCACACCCUACUGCAAUGACCUCAUGAAGAAACUGGAGUCCAGCCCACUUUCCAGAAUCAUAUGGAGAGCUCUGAAACCUUUGCUUAUGGGGAAGGUCUUGUACACCCCUGACACGCCAGCAACGAGGGCAGUCAUGUCUGAGGUAAACAAGACGUUCCAGGAGCUGAGUGUCUUCCGUGAUCUCGGAGGGAUGUGGGAGGAGAUAAGACCAAAGAUAAGAGUGUUCAUGGAGGAAAGCCAGGAAAUGGAUCUAGUUCGGACGUUACUAAAGAACAAGUUCCUUUGGAAACACCACUUAAUGGGUUCAAGCUGGACCAUAGAAGAUCUAUCCCUGUUCUUGGCAAAGAACCCGGAGGAUGUUCAUCCGGUGAAUGGCUCAACCCGCACCUGGAGGGAAGCUUUCAAUGAAACUGACCAUGCUGUUCUGACUAUUUCCCGCUUCAUGGAAUGUGUCAAUCUGGACAAACUGGAAGCCAUGCCUAGUGAAGUGCGGCUUAUCGACAAGUCCCUGGAGCUGCUAGAUCAGAGGAGGUUUUGGGCAGGCAUCGUCUUCCCCGAAAUCGCUCCUAGCAGCGUGAAGUUGCCACAACAUGUCAAGUACAAGAUAAGGAUGGACAUCGAUAGCGUGGAGAGAACAAACAAAAUUAAGGACGGGUACUGGGAUCCAGGUCCUCGAGCUGAUCCUUUUGAGGACAUGCGCUACGUCUGGGGAGGCUUUGCUUACUUGCAGGAUGUGAUAGAGCAGGCGAUCAUCCGUGCUGUGACCGGCUCCGAGAAGAAAACUGGAGUCUACAUUCAGCAGAUGCCCUACCCCUGUUAUGUGGAUGACGUAUUCUUGCGUGUCAUGAGCCGCUCCAUGCCCCUCUUCAUGACUCUGGCUUGGAUCUACUCUGUGGCCGUGAUCGUCAAGGGCAUUGUGUACGAAAAGGAGGCCCGCCUGAAGGAGACCAUGAGGAUCAUGGGCCUGAACAACGGCACCCUCUGGCUCAGCUGGUUCAUUAGCAGCCUCAUCCCCCUUCUCAUGAGCGCUGGGCUCCUGACGCUGAUCCUCAAGAAAGGAAACCUACUGCCCUACAGUGACCCCAGCCUGGUGUUUCUCUUCUUGUCCAUCUUUGGCAUAGUGACCAUAACACAGUGCUUCCUCAUCAGCACCUUUUUCUCAAGGGCCAACUUGGCGGCAGCUUGUGCGGGGAUCAUCUACUUUACUCUCUACUUGCCUUGCACGUUGCAUUUUGCCUGGGAGGAUUACAUGACCUUCUCUCUCAAAACGUUAAUGAGCCUGCUUUCUCCGGUAGCCUUUGGGUUUGGCAGUGACUACCUUUCCCUGUUUGAAGAGCAGGGUGUUGGUUUGCAAUGGGACAAUGUCUUCAUGAGCCCCGUGGAAGGAGAUAGCUACAAUCUGACAACUUCUGUGUGCAUGAUGCUGUUCGAUAGUCUGCUGUAUGGGGUUCUGACUUGGUACAUCGAGGCUGUCUUUCCAGGUCAAUACGGCAUUCCCAGACCCUGGUACUUUCCCUUUAUGAAGUCCUACUGGUGUGGCGAGGAAUCUGGAGAGCAACAGACCCCUUCUCUCCACAAAAAUUCAUCUGAAAUCUGCAUGGAAGAAGAGCCAAGUCAUCUUCACCUUGGGGUGUCGAUUCAAAGCCUGGUGAAGGUUUACCGUGAUGGCAAGAAACUGGCUGUCGAUGGCCUUACUCUGAAUUUCUACGAAGGGCAGAUUACCUCCUUCCUGGGACACAAUGGAGCUGGGAAAACCACCACAAUGUCCAUCCUGACUGGGUUAUUCCCCCCAACUUCGGGCACAGCCUUCAUCCUUGGCAAAGACAUCCGUUCUGAGCUCAGCACCAUCCGGAAGAAUCUGGGUGUCUGCCCCCAGCACAAUGUUCUGUUUGAUGAGUUGACAGUGGAGGAACACAUCUGGUUUUAUGCACGCCUGAAGGGACUGUCGGAAAAGCUGGUGAAAAAGGAAAUGAAGCAGAUGGCCAUAGAUGUUGGUUUGCCUCACAAACUCAAAUCAAAGACAAGCAAACUCUCUGGUGGCAUGCAGAGAAAGCUUUCAGUAGCUUUGGCCUUUGUAGGCGGCUCUAAGGUUGUCAUUCUGGAUGAGCCGACGGCUGGCGUUGACCCUUAUUCUCGCAGAGGGAUCUGGGAGCUGCUUGUGAAAUAUCGCCAAGGUCGCACCAUCAUUCUCUCCACGCACCAUAUGGACGAGGCGGACAUCCUUGGAGACCGAAUUGCUAUCAUUUCUCACGGCAAACUGUGCUGCGUUGGCUCUUCGCUGUUCCUGAAGAACCAGUUGGGGACUGGAUAUUAUCUGACCUUAGUCAAGAAGGAUGUGGAUUCCUCACUGAGCUCCUACAGGAACAGUAGCAGCACCGUGUCUUACCUGAAAAAGGAUGACAGUGUGUCUCAGAGCAGUUCAGAUGCUGGACUUGGCAGUGACCAUGAAAGUGACACCUUGACAAUAGAUGUUUCUGCAAUUUCUAAUCUCAUUAUGAAGCAUGUCCCUGAAGCCAGGCUGGUGGAAGAUAUUGGCCAUGAGAUAACUUACGUUCUGCCCUACGAAGCCGCUAAAGAGGGAGCUUUUGUGGAGCUGUUUCAUGAGAUUGAUGACCGCCUCUCGGACCUUGGCAUUUCCAGCUAUGGCAUCUCUGAGACGACUCUGGAAGAGAUAUUUCUCAAAGUGGCAGAGGAACAUGGUGUGGAUGCAGAGACCUCAGAUGGCACGUUACCAGCCAGAAGAAACCGAGUCUUUGGAGACAGGCAAAGCUGCCUCCGUCCAUUCACAGAAGAUGAUGCUUUUGACCCCAAUGAUUCCGACGUGGACCCAGAAUCUCGAGAGACCGACCUGCUGAGUGGGAUGGAUGGCAAAGGAUCCAGCCAGAUAAAGGGCUGGAAGCUGAUGCAGCAGCAGUUUGUAGCUCUCCUCUGGAAGAGGCUGCUGAUUGCCAAACGCAGCAGGAAAGGUUUCUUUGCCCAGAUUGUUCUCCCAGCGGUCUUCGUCUGCAUUGCUCUUAUAUUCAGUUUGAUUGUGCCUCCCUUUGGUAAAUACCCCAGCUUGGAGUUGCAACCAUGGAUGUAUGAUAAGCAGUACACAUUUAUCAGCAAUGAUGCUCCAGAAGACACAGGAACCCAGAAGCUUUUGGAUGCUCUCCUCAACAAACCUGGUUUCGGUACCCGCUGCAUGGAAGGAUAUUCCAUUCCGAAUACUCCUUGCUCAGUAGGCGAAGAGGAGUGGACCACUGAUCCUGUGCCUGAGGAACUGAUGGAAAUCUUCCGGAAUGGCAAUUGGACUAUGGAGAACCCCUCCCCAUCUUGCAUCUGUAGCAACGAGACGGUGAAGAAGAUGCUCCCAGUAUGCCCCGCAGCAGCUGGUGGCCUGCCUCCUCCCCAGAGAGUACUGAACACUACAGAUAUCCUGCAAAACCUGACAGGCCGCAACAUUUCUGAUUACCUGGUGAAGACCUAUGCACAGAUCAUCGGGAAAAGUUUGAACUAUAAGUUUUGGGUGAAUGAAUUCAGGUAUGGUGGCUUUUCAUUGGGAGCCAGUAGCUCUCUUGUGCUCCCUCGCCGUGAAGAAGUUAACGAAGCAAUCAAGCAAGUGAAGAAAAUCUUGGAAAUAGCCAAGGGGGGCUCUGGAGAACGUUUCCUUAACAGCCUGUCGAGCUUCAUGAAGGGCAUGGACACAAAUGAUAAUGUAAAGGUGUGGUUCAACAACAAAGGCUGGCACGCCAUCAGCGCCUUUCUCAACAUGAUGAACAAUGCCAUUCUGCGCGCCAACCUGCAAGAGGGAGAGAACCCCAGCGCUUACGGCAUCACGGCCUUCAACCACCCUCUGAACCUCACCAAGCAGCAGCUCUCUGAAGUCGCCUUGAUGACGACAUCGGUGGAUGUUUUGGUCUCCAUCUGCGUCAUCUUUGCCAUGUCCUUUGUCCCGGCCAGCUUUGUGGUUUUCUUGAUCCAGGAGCGUGUCACCAAGGCCAAGCACUUGCAGUUCAUCUGUGGCGUGAAGCCAGUGACCUACUGGCUGGCCAAUUUUGUGUGGGAUAUGUGCAACUAUGUAGUUCCAGCCACCUUGGUCAUCAUCAUCUUCAUUGGCUUCCAACAGAAAUCCUACGUGUCCUCAAGUAACCUUCCUGUGCUGGCUCUUCUCCUCCUGCUCUAUGGGUGGUCCAUAACGCCUCUCAUGUACCCGGCAUCCUUUGUGUUCAAGAUCCCCAGCACGGCAUACGUGGUGCUCACCAGCGUGAACCUCUUCAUUGGUAUUAACGGGAGUGUCGCCACUUUUGUCCUCGAGCUUUUCACCAGCAAUAAGUUGACAGACAUCAAUGACAUCCUGAAGUCAGUAUUCCUCAUCUUCCCCCAUUUCUGCCUUGGCCGGGGCCUGAUUGACAUGGUGAAAAACCAAGCUAUGGCAGAUGCCCUAGAAAGAUUUGGCGAGAACCGCUUUGUGUCUCCUCUCUCCUGGGACCUGGUGGGAAGGAAUCUUUUCGCCAUGGCUGUGGAAGGAGUCGUCUUCUUCCUCAUCACUGUGCUUAUCCAGUACAGGUUCUUUAUCAAAUCCAGAACUGGCAAUGCUAAGCUUCCGCCUGUGCAUGAAGAGGAUGAGGACGUGAACAGAGAACGGCAGAGGAUCAUUGGUGGCGGUGGGCAGAGCGACAUCUUAGAAAUCAAAGAACUAACCAAGAUAUACAGAAUGAAACGAAAGCCUGCUGUGGAUAGGAUCUGCAUUGGAAUUCCACCCGGAGAGUGCUUUGGGCUCCUGGGUGUGAAUGGUGCUGGCAAAUCCUCCACAUUCAAGAUGUUGACAGGAGACACAGAUGUUACGGGAGGAGAUGCUUUCCUUAAGGGCAACAGUAUUUUGUCUAACAUCCAAGACGUCCACCAGAAUAUGGGAUACUGCCCUCAGUUCGAUGCCAUAAAUGAACUGCUGACGGGGAGAGAACACCUGGAAUUAUUUGCACUCUUAAGAGGGGUCCCUGAGAAAGAAGUCUGCAAGGUUGGUGAAUGGGCUGUUCGCAAACUGGGCCUCGUGAAGUAUGCAGAAAGGUGUGCCGGCACCUACAGCGGUGGGAACAAGCGCAAGCUGUCAACUGCCAUGGCCCUAAUCGGAGGGCCUCCUGUGGUGUUCCUGGAUGAGCCGACCACAGGAAUGGACCCCAAGGCCCGCCGUUUCCUUUGGAACUGUGCCUUGAGCGUCAUCAAGGAGGGGAGGUCUGUGGUCCUUACAUCUCACAGCAUGGAAGAAUGUGAGGCCCUGUGCACUCGAAUGGCGAUCAUGGUCAAUGGUCGGUUCAGGUGCCUUGGCAGCGUCCAGCACCUGAAGAACAGGUUUGGAGAUGGCUACACAAUCAUAGUGCGAAUAGCAGGGGCGAACCCUGACCUGAAGCCUGUUCAAGACUUCUUUGAGCUCGCCUUCCCAGGCAGUGUGCUGAAGGAGAAGCAUUGCAACAUGCUGCAGUACCAGCUGCCCUCCUCUCAGUCUUCUCUGGCUCGGAUAUUUAGCAUCCUCUCCCAGAACAAAAAGAGACUCCACAUAGAAGACUACUCCGUUUCACAGACCACACUUGACCAAGUAUUUGUAAACUUCGCCAAGGACCAAAGUGAUGAUGACCACACAAAGGACUUGUCGUUGCACAAAAACCAGACUGUUGUAGAUGUCUCACUUCUGACUUCCUUUUUGAAAGACGAAAAGGUGAAAGAAAGCUAUGUAUGAGCAGCCCUGUUGCGAAGGGUGCAGCAGCCGUUCUGAGCAGAAAGGCGAAGGCAGACAUCCUUUCUGUGCCAUAGUGGGGAGAUCGUCCCAUGAGCAAAGAGACAAGAGGAUACAGAGAGGAGGGAAAUAAAACUGAGCGUGGUUUUUAUUUUUUUUUACUAGUAACCAUUUGAUGCAAUGCAACUCAAUGCAAAGAAAUCAAUAUUCCAUUACGGAGGCAGUGCCUCUUGGAGAUGUUGCCUUGUUGUACUGUUCUCUAGUGAAAGACUUGAAUCUAGUUGUUCUUUCGUUAUAAUAACUCUGUGAAAUUCUGGUAUGGUGCCACUUCCUGCUAUGUGGUCUUCUGCCAUACACCUGCUUGUUUCUACUUAGUACGUUUCCCAGUCAGGGGUGGCGCAACAACUGCUCAGAGGAUUCUUGGCCAGUAAUUAUUUAUUUGCCAUUUUAAGGCGUGCAUUGCCCUUCCAGAGGGCGGGUGGAAUUGCUGUGGUGCAACAUCCAUUGCUGGCAAUGAGUGUACCGGCAAAACCAGUGCCAAUUUGUCACCACGUAAUGCAUUGCUGUGGCCUUAUUUAAGUAUUAGCGGUUGGGCCCCGUGAGCUACACAAGUUUAGGGGGACGAGGAGGAAGAUCACCGUUGGCCUUAUCAGCGGGCCGUGAAGCACACCAUCUCAAAACACGCAUUAAAACGGCAACAAUACACUUUGUUAAUACUGCCGCACCCUAAUAAGAAACCAUCAACCAUGGGAACAUUUGAGAGGAUUUCUGUCCCAAUGGUAUGGUGACCAAUUGCUCGUUCUUUCAUUCUGCUUUCAUGAAGCCGUUGCUGUUUUCAGCUUUUAUUAAGAAUCACGUUCAAUACGUCUGUUUUCAUUGCAACAGUAUUAUUUAAAUGUGACCUGCUACCUUCUGGGGAUGAAUGGAGAUGCUUUCACGCCUCCCUUGUCCCAAAGAAUCAAAUCACUUCCAGUCUUGGGUCUGUAUUACGCCAAGUGUCUAGAAGCUAGAUUAAGUCAGCCAUCAUUUGUACAAACAGUCACAUUUUUUCUAGUCUCGCAAUCCUUUCCCCCGUUUUGGUAAUCAUACAAUGUACUGUGAUAGGUUUUCCCACAUUACAAGUCGAGCCAGGUUUCUCUGGCGCAUGGUGGACAUUACUGCCACUUGUUCCCUUCGCAGUCCUGUCAUCUAUCCCACCCCCCUCACCUGCUGGGUGGCACACCUGUCGGUGGACCUCCUGCUGCAAGCUGGAGAUUGAAAGGAAACAUCCCAGUUUAGGCAUGGCAAAAAGCUUAUUAGACUGAAUCAAUUGAAAAAUACGACGAAGGGGUCUUUUAAAGGUGAUUUGCAAAACAGUUGCUCAUUUGGGAAGCAAUCAGAAUGUUUUGUUUU